AUGGUUCAAUCCUCCAUUCUCGGUUUCCCUCGCAUGGGAGUCAACCGUGACCUCAAGAAAGCCACCGAAGCAUACUGGGGCGGCAAGAUCUCGCAGGAUGAGCUCCUUGCCGAGGGAAAGAGAUUGAGACUGGCACACUGGAAGAUUCAGAAAGAUGCUGGCAUUGACAUCAUCCCAAGCAAUGACUUUGCCUUCUACGACCAGGUCCUCGACCACAUCGAGCUCUUUGGGGUGGUUCCAGAGCGGUACACAAAGUACAACUUGGCUCCCCUCGACGAGUACUUUGCCAUGGGUCGAGGUCUCCAGAGGCCUGCCACCGAUAGCUCCCCAGCUGUCGAUGUGCCCUCUCUGGAAAUGGUCAAAUGGUUUGACUCAAACUACCACUAUGUCAAGCCCACUCUCCAAGACAACCAGGUCUUCAAGCUGUCCUCAAAGCCCAAGCCCGUUGUUGAGUUCCUCGAAGCCAAAGAAGCUGGCAUCAUCACCCGUCCUGUCAUCCUCGGUCCCGUUUCUUUCCUAUAUCUCGGCAAAGCAGACCGUGGUCAAACCAUCGAGCCGAUCUCCGCGCUCGACAAGCUUCUUCCUCUAUACGUGGAUCUGCUUAAGCAGUUGAAAGAUGCUGGUGCCGAGUCCGUCCAGAUUGAUGAGCCCGUCCUGGUCUUUGAUUUGCCCCCGCACGUCAAGGAAGCCUUCAAGCCGGCGUAUGAGAAGCUCGGUGGACUUGGAAGCAGCGCCCCGAAAAUCGUGCUUGCAACCUACUUUGGUGACAUUGUGCACAACAUCGACGUUCUCAGCUACCUAAAGAACCUCUAUGCCAUUCACAUUGAUCUCGUACGAAAUCCCGAGCAACUCGAAACUGUCACCUCUGCCUUGGGUCCUCAACAGGUUCUGUCGGCUGGUGUUGUUGAUGGCCGUAACAUCUGGAAAACCAAUUUCAAGAAGGCCAUUGAGAUCGUGGAGACUGCCAUUCAGAAACUCGGCAAGGACAGGGUCAUCGUUGCAAGCUCUAGCUCUCUCCUGCAUACUCCCCACACUCUCUCCAGUGAGAAGACCUUGGACCCUGAGAUUGCCGACUGGUUCAGCUUUGCUUGUGAAAAAGCCAAGGAACUCGCUAUCAUUGCAAAGGCUGUCACGGAUGGCCCAGCCUCUGUCAGAGAAGCCCUCGAAGCAAACGCCAAGUCAAUGCAAGCUCGUGCUUCUUCAAGCCGAACCAACGACCAGGCAGUCAAGGAGCGACAGAGCAAGGUUACCCCUGAAAUGUACAACCGCAGGUCGCCAUUCCCUGUUCGAAUCAGCCAACAACAAGAACGUCUGCAUCUACCGCUGUUCCCCACUACCACCAUUGGAUCCUUCCCUCAGACCAAGGAAAUCCGCAUCCAACGCAACAAGUUCACCAAGGGUGAAAUCACUGCUGAGGAGUAUGAGAAGUUUAUCGAGAAAGAGAUUCGGGAUGUGGUCAAGAUCCAGGACGAAUUGGACCUCGAUGUCUAUGUCCACGGCGAGCCCGAGCGUAAUGACAUGGUCCAAUACUUUGGUGAGCGACUGAAGGGGUACGCUUUCACGACCAAUGGAUGGGUUCAGUCCUACGGCUCCCGGUGUGUCCGACCUCCUAUCGUUGUCGGUGACAUCUCUCGCCCUGCUCCGAUGACAGUUAAGGAGUCCAAAUUCGCUGCUUCUAUCUCCAGCAAGCCGAUGAAGGGUAUGCUCACUGGACCUAUCACCUGUUUGAGAUGGUCGUUCCCUCGUGACGACGUCCACCAAUCUGUUCAAGCGGAGCAGCUGGCUCUGUCUCUCCGUGAUGAGGUCAUUGAUCUUGAAAAGGCCGGCGUCUAUGUCAUUCAGGUUGAUGAGCCUGCUCUGCGUGAGGGUCUUCCACUCCGCGCAGGCAAGGAACGAACCGACUAUUUGAAGUGGGCAGUGGAUUCAUUCCGCCUCGCGACCGCGGGUGUUGAGGAUGCCACUCAGAUUCACAGCCACUUCUGCUAUUCUGAGUUCCAGGAUUUCUUCUAUGCUAUUGCAGCCCUGGACGCUGAUGUUCUCUCGAUUGAGAACAGCAAGUCUGACGCUAAGCUUCUGAAAGUGUUUGUUGAUGAGGCUUACCCGCGUCACAUCGGACCUGGUGUCUACGACAUCCACUCCCCUCGUGUUCCUUCGGAGCAGGAGAUCCACGACCGGAUUGCUGAGAUGUUGCAAUACUUGAAGCCGGAUCAACUGUGGAUUGAUCCUGACUGUGGUCUCAAGACCCGACAAUGGAAGGAGACCAAGGCUGCCUUGACGAACAUGGUCAAUGCGGCUAAGAGCUUCCGCGCUCAAUAUGCCAAAGGCAAUUGA